UACCGGUGUUUUCUCUCGCAGCACGUCCUCGCAGCUAGUCAGCCAGAGCGUUGUAUACCCGUGUGUGGCCGAGUUGAGGAUUCAGCGCGUAACCUUUACGCUUGCGUACACGAGGUUCGAGGGUGCGAGUCUAGUUCGUUCAUCGCUUGAAUCCGACCAACACGCAUGUUAACGUCAGCUUCGCAACCUGAAGUGAAGUCCAGUUCGAGUUGUUAGAGGCGUUUCGUGAGUUUAGCUGUUGAAGAGAAGAGAGCCAGAGUCGAGAUGAGUUCGAGCGUGUGCUACAAGUGCAGCCGCCCAGGGCACUUCGCCAGGGAGUGCUCGCAGCCCGGUGGUGGCGGCGGCGGCGGUGGUGGCGGACGCGACUCCGGCCGUGACAGCUACGGACGCGGACGCGAGAAGUGCUACAAGUGCAACCGAUUGGGUCACUUUGCGCGCGAAUGCAAGGAGGACGCGGAGCGCUGCUACCGCUGCAACGGCGAGGGCCACUUCGCCAAGGACUGCCACCAGAACCCGGACACGCCGUCGUGCUACAACUGCAACAAGCCGGGGCACAUCGCGCGCAGCUGUCCCGAGGGCGGGCAAAUGGACCGCAUGUCCAAUCAGACAUGCUUCAACUGUAACAAGGUGGGCCAUCUGUCGCGCAAUUGCCCCGAGUCGACAAAGACGUGCUACCUGUGCAACCGGCCGGGCCACAUCAGCCGCGACUGCGACCAGGAGAAGUAGCCGCCGCGACGAUAAGGACCCCCAGCAACAGCAAAAGCACACACACCACACAACACAUCCCACCCACCCCCCCAGCAAGCAGACACCGAACAUAUAACGUCAUUCGAUCGCGGGCCGCCAUCGGGCUCGAGUAGGCGCAGGAGAGGCUGGCAGGCGGACGCACCCGGACACGAAUAAAAUAUAAAACUAAUUGUAAGGCCAUUUAUACGAGGUGGAAGUUGUUAUUGUAUUUUUUUAAUGUUUAAAGAUGAGGCAGAAAAUAGUAGUUUCAGUGGCGGAUUGGCAGGCGAGGCGGUAGCGGCGGCAUGAAAAUUGCAUUGCGUUGAGAAUUGAAGUUUUUUAAUGUUGAAUUUUUGUAAAAUUACAAACGAGAGCGGCACGAGGCGAGGAGCAGCGCACGAGAGCAGUUGAAGCAGUUGUAGUAAAAAAUAAGCCUUUAUUUUGUUCUUAUAUGAUUAUGUUUAUUAUUAGUUCUUUUUUGCCGAUUAUUGCGAAUGAUCGUUGCCGAACGCGAACGUUUUAUACACUACACACACACCGGAUUCAGACCGACGCGGCCCCCGGCCCUGCGUCGGCCGCCAUUCUCUUUCACUUCCGUUGUGCUCACGGAAACAAGCGAAAUUUAUAAUAAUAACUCGAGUUUUCCUUACGAAAAGCUUGGCUCUGUUAUUUUUUGUUGCGUAACCAGAGAAUACACGAAAAACGUCGAAACUUGCACACAACCGACUUCUCUCCCCCGCACAGCAUCCUUCUCAUCACACACACAGCGCACCACUCUCGUUUACUAGCGCGCCCAGCGUACAAGACACACAAGAUUGAGCCGCCCAUCCAUCCUCUCACAUCUCAAAUUGACGAAUGUACAUAGCUUUCGACAGAAGACAAAGACGUAAAAUGAAGGAGGGAUAUUUUCACACAAAGUUUUCAUUAUCGCGGGGACUCGUAGGGGGUUUAUUGCCUGUUUGUUUUUGUAUAACUAAUCGACUUGAAAUCAACCCUAACUCUUAAGCCAACCAGAAAUCUAUCUAUAAAAUACAUGUUGUAAGCGUUACGGAGGCGAUGCAGGAGAAGAGACCGGCUAUUUUCGCACGCGGCGAGACGCGCGCGCGUGCGGCUCACGAUUCGCAGCAGUGGUGGACAGGAGGCGAGAAAUAACAAGUGAAAAUCACGAAUGUACUUUUGUAAUUGCAUUUACUCGUAAAUGAGGGUCGUUUAUUCUUUGAUCAUGUGGAAGUUUUUAAGUAAAAAGUAAAGAAGCAGCAAAAUGAUA